GAUGGGGGUGGGGUACAGGAGCAAUGCCCCCCCACCCCCAACUCCUGAGUACAGAGAUGGGGAGGGGCCCAGUAUACUGCUUCUGCUCGUUCUGCUGGUGCCCAUUCUCCUGCUCCCCAUCUGUGGGGAGGUUGGUCCUCUGGAACAGCAGCACCACAGAAGGUCAACGCUGAGAGGAGCCUCAGGAGAGGAAGGGCAGGCAGAGGUGACAGCCAGCAGACCUGCACCUCCAAGACAGGGGCCCCGAGAGCAGAACCCUCCCUCCCAACCCAAAGCCAAGGGCAGCAAAGGUGGCCAAUCCCAGGCUCAGGGCCCCAGGCACCCCAAACCUCAAACCCAGGCCCGGGUUCCAAGGGCAGGAGUCCCCAACUCUACCCCAGGGCCCCAGCAAAAAGCCACCCACUCCUCUAACCUCAAGCUUAUGCCCCAAGGGGAGUGGUCUCUCCCCUUCCACCCCAGUCGCUGCCAAACCCCUCCAAGCCCGAGCCCCAAGGACAGGACUUCCCCCAACCUCAGUCCAAGCCUGGAGGUCCAAGCAAGAACUCAAAAGCAGCCAAAAGCGCCAGCCCCACCCCUCCCCCCAAGACCCGGGCACAGCCAAGAGGGCUGCCCACCGCCCCCCAAGGCCCCCCCACCGCCGCCGUCCCCCAAGGCCCCCCCACCCCCGCCGCCCCCCAAGGCCCCGGCACAGCCAAGAGGGCUGCCCACCGCCGCCGCCGCCGCCCCCCAAGCACAGACCCAGGGUCUUCCCAGGCCCGCUCUGCACUGCCUGGCCCUGGCCACAUCCCACCCACCUCCGUGUCCUCACCAUCCCAGGACUUCUUACUCCCAACCUUCCUCCGCCUUCUCAUCGGCCUACCUGCCAGCCUGUGGACCUCACAUACCAGGCUGGGGGGACCAGGGAUUCAAGGAAGUCCCGGUGUGGGGGAGUGUGGAAUCGGGACCUCGAAGGCCCAAGGAUGAGGGCCAGGGCAGCCCAGGCCCCGGGCCGGAAGGGCUCCAGGGCCCAGCCGAAGACUUAGAGCCCUUGUACCCAGGAGACAGCCUGGAGACAGGGGCGCUUCGGGAAACCCGUGCCUAUCUGGAGGCAGGAGGGGCCCUGCAGGGAAACCCCAUGUAG